AUGGCAAAACAUGGCGGCCGUGAAGCACAAGAGGCACCUGAAGGCCAAAUGGAACCCAAGGUGAAAGAGGAGGCAAGCGCAGAUGACGAUGAGGAAGGCGAAGAGGAAGAGGCUGAGGAGGAGGAGGACCCCGAGGUGGACAUGGAGGCCAUCGCCCAGAGGGCGGUGGACCACGCCCUGAAGCUGGCGGCAAGGAAGUCUGAGGCCAUCAAGCUGGACACGGGUCUUCGAGAGGAGGAGCUCUACCUGCCAGCGCCGGAAGCUUUCAACACCGCAUCCUUGCCAGGCCGCUUUCAGCACUCCACGGCGGACCUGUGCCGCCAGAGCGCGGUGCAGGCACCGAAUAUUUCGCCGCGGGCUGAGCGCGAGCAGCGGGGCGCGCCGGUGCGGCCGGUGGAUGAUGCGAAGGAAAGAAGGGCCGAGCUGCGGCGCCAGAAGGAGGAAAAGCUGGACAAAUGGUUCGGCCUCCCGAAGCACAAGAUGACCCCAGAGCUUGAGAAGGAGCUGAAAGCCCUGCGGCUGCGUGCAAACUUCGACCCAAAGAGGUUCUACAAGGCCAACGACCGGCAGGAGUUGCCCAAGUACUUCACCAUUGCCACGGAGGUGGGCGGCGGCAUGGCGCCGGUGGGCCUGAACACCAAGACCCAGGAGGUGUCCGCUCACAGCGGCCGUAGCUUUCUGGACACCUUGAUCCGAGAUGAGAAAGUGCAGGAGUGGACCCAGAAGAAGCUUGCGGAGCGCAGGGACAAAGACAUCGCGGCCGUGCACAGCGGCCACGGGAAGCGCGGCCGCGACGCCAACUCCACACGCCGGGGCGGCGCAUGGAAGAAGCGGAGGAAGGGAUGA